CAGCGCGAGGGAAGAUGGCGACGCUGAAGGAGGAGCAGAGCUAUGGGCUCUCCUGUGGCAAACUCAGCUCGGGUAGCAAUGUAUCGGUGUUUCACGUGAAGCUCACAGACACUGCACUGCGUGCCCUCGAGGCCUACCAGAACUGUAAGGGUAAACUUUCCUGCCAGCCAGCUAUACGCUUUGAAGGAAAUCAAGGGCAAAUCACCAUUCCAAGGGCAGGUAGCCCAAAUGAUGUGCGGACAUUCACGUUUUACCUCUGCAGUGUUGGAAGGGAUAAUCCUCAAUGCAGUUUUGACUGUAUUCAGCAGUACCAAUCCCGGUCUGGGAAUGUGCAGUUGGACUGUCUUGGAGGCAUACAGGAUAAAAUCACUGUUUGUGCAACUGAUGACUCAUACCAACUGACCAGGGAACGUAUGACUCAAGCGGAAGAGGAGACUCGAAGCCGGGGAGCAAUAGUUAUUAAACCCGGAGGUCCAGUCAGAGUUAAAAGAGUGCUAUGCAAACUAACUGGCAGCAUUCCUGAUGCCGUUCCUGAAAGGAGACGGCCCACACCAGUGAACGUGGCGAAUGUGAUGAAGAAAUGCACUAACAGUGUUUCCCAACGACCCUAUCGAGACCGAGUCAUCCACUUACUGGCUCUGAAACCCUAUAAAAAACCAGAGCUAAUUGUUCGAUUGCAGAAGGACGGAGUCAGUCAGCAGGACAAGGACUCCUUGGAAAAUCUCCUGCAACAGGUUGCUAACCUGAAUGUGAAGGAUGGUACGUUCACCUUGAAAGACUUUGCAUACAAGGAGAUCCAAAGGGACUGGCCUGGAUACUCAGAUGGUGACCAGCAGUUACUAAAGAGAGUUCUUGUUCGGAAAUCUUCUCAGCUGCACAAUUCUGGAGGGGGCUCUGGAGAGACACCUUCAUCAAGUCCAAAGGACAGCACAGCUUCAGCCUCCCCGCCACAGAAACGGCCCGUACCUAAUGAUUUCAUCGAUCCACUGGCCAAUAAGAAAACCAGGAUAUCUCUUUUGACCAGUCGAGUUCCUCCAACUUUGAACGGCAGGUUUAAUCCUUCUAAUGGGAAAGAGGCAGCAGCUCCCACUGGUGAAUCAGCUGCUCCUGACUCUAGAAGCUCAUCUUCCACCUUGCCGAUGCUGGGGGAUGUUCAGCGAUCUCAUGAACCUCUCUUGGACGUCAGCAAUGAUUCUACCCAGAAUGGCAGGGGUUGUGAAGGCCCAGGGGCCUCAGAGAGGCCUGGUUGUCCAUUCCCUUCGCAUUUGCCUCAUUCGAGCGCGUCAAGCACUUCUUUAUCUCACCUGAGGUCAAGAAAAAAAUCUAAAAAGCACAAAGAUAAGGAACGAAUAAGGGAGAAGGAUGGAGGUGAGGAGGAUAGUGGAGAACGAGAAAGAAAUUCUGAUUUUCUUCAAAGCUGCAGGGAGCAAAAAAAAGAUUCUGUACCGAAACCUGCAGGCUUGAACGGGAUGUGCAACAGCUCCAGUGUUCCGGAUUCAACAUCGGAUGUGCCUGAUUAUUUACUGAAGUAUGCAGCAAUUACGUCACCGGAGCAGAGGCAAGGUUAUAAAACUGAUUUCAAUGCAGAGUAUAAUGAGUACAGAGACCUGCACUCCAGAAUAGAGAGCAUCACCAGGAGGUUCACACAGUUGGACACUGAACUGAAGCAACUUUCACCGGGGACUGCUGACUACAAGAGCAUCCAUGAUCAAAUUUUACAGGAAUAUCGUAAAAUUAAAAAGACGAAUCCCAAAUACAGCCAAGAGAAGUAUCGCUGUGAAUAUCUGCACAACAAACUGGCUCACAUUAAGAAACUAAUAGCAGAGUAUGACCAGAAGCAGUAAUAAUCCUGGCGUUAGCCCAUCUUAUUUACCAUUGUGUGUGAGAGAGAGAGGGAGCGCAACAGCAAACAAUUGCAUCUAAUUAUGUUUCCAGCUUCUCCUGUGUGUCUGCUUCAAGAAGAUGAAACUGCAGCAACUGAGACCAGCACUAACCUUAAUAAUUAGAUAAGAUGUGGGAAUAAGGGGAGGGAGGGGAAGGGAGCCCCUGUCAAUAGGUGUCUAUAGUGAGGAGAGAUUAGUGUUCUAAAAAAGACCAAGGCUUUAAAAAAAAAUGGAAGCAAUAUUCAGGACUCGCUGUUAAUUGAAUGUCCCUCCUACCGCCGUGUUAUAAGUCAAGCUCUUCGUACUUCCUGUACAAUAAAAAUCCACCUCCUCCCCCCACCACCACCACCACCACCACAACAACCUGACUUUUCAGAAUCUUUCCUUGAUGUGAUAUUUUUGCUGCUGUUCUUUAUUUGCCUCCUCCACUGUACUAAGACAAAGUUAAAACAUCAGCUGUAAACUGCCAUCCAGAGAGGCAAUUUGUGGAUUGCCCUUUUACCCCGGUUGUUGGGUGCCCCUUUCCUCAGCCGCACAGAAGCUGCAAUCCUUGCAAGAAAUUGGAAGGUUAGCUGCACUUUCAGCAAGUUAUACAGGAUGCCGGCUCCAGCUAAACUUAGAGCCCUGUGGGUUGUCCACAGGACAUGUCACUCCCAAGAUAACCAAUCAGCUGUGAAUGACCCGAGUUACAUCAGCUUUUCAGGGUCUACUUGCUGACUGUCUGUAAGCCUGAAAUGAAAAGGAUCCUGGUUCUAAUUCUAAAUCUCACUGGAGAAGAGGUUGCUACUCAAGCAUUACCUCUUGGGGUCAGUGCAAUGCUAUUGCCCCCAAUAUCAGUAUUCAAGGUGCUGAACCCACCCACUAGCCAUCUUUUGGAAUUGAUAGAAUUUACCAUUAAGUGAUUGUUUUAUAAUUAUUUUUUUCAUGAAUCAUUGCUUCAAAAAUAGAUAGUGGGACCCAUACUUUAAGAAAAUAUGUUUUGAGUUACUGUAAGUACAUCAGUGCCCACUUGGGUCAUUUUAAUCCCUUGUAUUUCAUGCAAGGGAUGGAUUGGUGUUUAGAUCCUCAUCAUCUGAAGUAAGAAUUUAGUGGUUUGUUUCUCCCCUUUCUCCUCGUGGAUCUGUCACAGUGAGGCAGGUGGUUAUAAUAACCAUAGUCUAAAAUUCUGCUGCUUCCACCUUUUUCAAAGUUGUAAUUUCCAUUGUAUACUUUUAUGGGCAGUUAAUGGCUGCUGUCUCAUAUCUCUGUUUUAGUUCUUGUCCCAUACAAUAGAUACUGGCAUCAACACCAUUAUCUAUCCUACUCUUCCUCUUGAUAUGAGUUUUUUCCCCCCAUCCCAGAAGAAGACCCAACAGCUUUUCUAUGGAUGCUGGAUUGAAGCAUUGACAAAGGGACAUUUGGUUUAAUUUAAAUAUCUGAGAAAAGACUUUUUAUUCAUCACAAUGAGCACUCUACAGUAAGACUAGGAACAUUCUUACAGUUUGAAUUAUCUAGGAGAACUGUUAAAAGAUUCAAAUGGGAUUAAGUGUUAGAUAAUUGCCCAUCUUAGAUCUUUACAUAUCUUCCUCCUUUUAGUAUAUGUUCUUUUUAUGCCCAAGCUAGUCCAGGCUUGUGUGAUUGCAAAGGUCAUUGGCAGCAUCUUGGUCUCGUACCAGAGAUUGAGUAAGCAAACAAUUUAACCAACAAUUUAAAAUUCUUUCUUAAGUCUUCUAAUUUCUACUACUUUGUAAUUGCUGUACUUUUCUCUGAGUCCCAAACUUGCCCAUAUGUGCAUGUUACACUUGUCAGAAAAGCCCUUUGAAGAAUAUGUAUUUGAGAUGUGUAAGAACUACAGUUGACAAUUUUAUUAUUGGAGCAAAGAAAUUUCCAGCUCUAUACUUCAUUACAGUGAGUAACCUGAGGGUCACAGUCAGGAAAUACAUUCAGUGCUAACUAGCUUUCAUCCCACAUAUUGUUCAGGCUGGUCUGUGUAUUUAGGAGAUGGGGUUUCAUGCAGACAACAAGGAAAGAGGGUUCAUCUAUUUCAUUCUGCUAUCUAUUUUCUAAAAGUUUUGAAUGGAACUCUGGUCAGUCAGAGAAAAAGUAGAUUCCUUGAGUUCCUACUGCAUUCACUGCCCCUCUGUCCCCUUUCUCCCAACACUUCAUUCUCAGUGUCUACAGAGCUGUUCAGGCUGUUGUUUACAUACAGUGAACUCUCCUCAGAGGUUUGAGAUUUUAUAAUCCUUUCUUCCACAAUCUUAUUUUAAGUAAAAAAAAAUUCUUUGAAAUGUAAGCUGUUAAUUCCUUAAACACAGACUAUGGUCAGGAGUUAAAUAUUCAGAUUUGAGUUUUAAUUUCUUCACUACCGAUUGAAAUAAUCAGAAAACGUUGCCCCUCCUCAUUAAACAGUAGUACCGAAGAAGGCUUAAGUCCUAUUUUUUGAAUAGGAUAGGAUUCUAUAUUCAAGGUUGAUGGUAGAGAAGAGGAACUUGUUUGAGUUCACAAACUGAAUCCUGCAGCAAAUAUUUUUUGACUGUAAACUGUCAGUCACUUUUCCCUAGGGUCUGUACAUGCUCUCCCAUCCCAAGAAUCUGGAAAGAUGCUUUCCAAAUUCAUGAUAUCAUUGAAUCGCAGCAUAAAUGGGGUGAUUGACUGACCAGGUCUAACUUUUGUGCUGGCAGUAGGAAUUCACAGUGAAAUACCAAAUAUUUAUUAUCCAAAUACAGAUGUUGGUAUUGGGUACUGGUAAUCUGGGUAGAACAUUAAAACCCAACUGGCCACUAUACCUGACACAAGUCCCAAGAACCAGUAUUUUCCACACCAGCUGUGACCAUCACCUUCAUUAUUAUUGUCCAGGGUACCUCCUCUCUACUGACAAUAUCUGACAGAACUCACACAAAUGUGCACCUGCUAAAACAUGGUUAAUGCAUUUCAGACUAGUAAGGUGUGAGCUAGCCCAAGCCAAAGGAAUUGUCUUUUUUUUUAAUCUUGGAUGAUCAAACCAAAAGCCAACAUGGUGUCAAUCCCACAGGCUCAAAUUAGAUAGUCAGGUUCUGGUUGGCAUAGCUUGGCUGCUUCUGAGAUUAUCAGUGAGGCAGAAUCUCACUAACCGUAUUGCCUAGUGAAGGCUACUGAGAACAGGGCUAUUUCAGGGAGCCUCCUUUCAUGCUGGCAUGAGCCUCCUGCUGCAUCGUACUGGUUCCAGGCAGUUAACAUCAACUUGAGGAAAGGUUAAAUAACAUCAACUUGAGGAAAGGUUAAAUAAACUUGGCAUGUAGCCACUUUCACUGUAACUGAUGAUGGUAGAAUGGAAUGAGCAUGGAACGGCCCAACCAGUAACUGAGGAAAACUAAUAUUGCAUUUGGAAAAUUUUCCACUGUUACCAAUAGCCCUGCAUUAGUGAUGUUCAGUAAUCAAAGCAUGUUUGGUCACAGGAAAUUCGAACAUCAUAUACAUAUAUUUAUAUACAUAUAUAUAGUUUAAAACUUAGCAGCUCUAUCAAUGAAUUCUUUAGGUGCAAAAGUAUCUAAAAUGGAAAGCAGCAAGAAAUUUCUAACAUAGAAAGCAGUACUGGGCACUUCUAUAUCCAGAGAUAAUAGCAUUGAAAAGCUCAGUAUAGUGGGGGCUGAAGUCUUAACUAGUGUAAUGUUAAAUGAUUUCCAGCUUUCUCUAAUGGGUAAAUGACCACUUACUGAGUAAGUAAUAAUUUAAAAAAUGUAAACAUUACUUUUUGUGGGGAAGUCACAGAAUGCUUUGCAUUGCAAUGCUUUCCCAGCAGUAUACUUCCCAGUAUCAGGUGGUUUUAAAUUGGUUCUGGAACCAUUUACAUUUUGCACAUAGUGCUGAUUGAUAGUGAGGAUGUUCUGUCUCCAGCUUCUUUCUGUGAUGUCUCCCAGAUUACUCUGUAGCACCUUCCAGGAGUAAGUCCUCACUUUGGUCUUAGCCUUCAGGACAUUUCAACAAAGAAGCUGAACCAGCAAACUUGUCUAUUCUGUUUUAAAGUUGUUACUGUACUCCCAGAUAUCACAUGAACAUCUAAAGUUCUACGCAAAUGAAGCCUUAAAUUUUGGUUAAUCAAAUGUAUAUUUUGAAUUGAAAAGGGGACAGUUCCAAGACACAGGUCUGUGUUGUUGAUGAUUUGUACAUGCUAUAUCUUUAAGCCUUUGAGGUACUGGAGUGAUAUUUGCAUUUCACACAGUUAAGUAUAGAAUAUUUGUUGGAGAAUGAGUUCCUGAUUAUGGUGCUCUCCCAUGUUGGAUUCCAACCAGUUUUUGAGUGCUACUCCAAUGUUAUUGCAUUAACUCCUCUGCCCUAGUCACCAAUUCAAACUUUUCACUUGUUCAAAAUAUUAUUGAAUAUGAUGCCUUUGACGAACCUUGUACAAAGAUCAUGGCUACUACGACCUUUCCUUCAAGUUCACUGGAUAAAACCAGUGAACUUGUGUAUGGUUUUUCAAUUGACAUGCGGAAAUGAGACACGUUUAGGAAUCAGUGUUCCCCUUCAGUUUCACUGGUUUUGCAGUGAAGCUCUCUACUUAUCUAUUUCCAUUUACCACCUCCCCUUCUUUUAAUCUCUCAACUUCUCCCAAAUCUGCCUGAUGCUUUUUUUUCUAGCCAGUAUCAAUCAAUGCAGUUCAUUGUGUUCUUCUGACCUGUCCCUGAGUUAGAAGAUAGUGGAGUUGCUGGCUAGUCCAUGCAGGACAGCCAUAUGGUUGAUGAUUUAUUUAGGUGUUCCAUGUGUACAUAAAGUCCCACAGUGCAAUCCAUCUUUGCUCAUUUUGUGGGAUUACAAAUUGAAUCAAUGCCUGCACACAUUUUGUAUUUCAAAGUAACUUAUUCCUUGGCAGGAAUCUGAAAUUUGCAUUAAGGCACAAUAUAAAUAUACAGUAUCCCCUUUUGAUCAUGUGCAAUACGAUGAGUAGAAACCUAUAUCUCUUCCUUCCUCUGUUAUGCACAUGCAGUGGUAAAGAACUACCUGCAUGAUCUUACUGAAUGCCACUGCCGUACCCCAAAGCCUGAGCUCCAGGGAAAUGUGUUCAGUGAGUGAGUGACUGCAGUUCCUCAUCUAACACAAUGCAGUUACCUGGAGUUCAGAAACAAUAGUGCUGGGGAGACACUAUUGGCAGAUUGGGGAUUUAAAGAACUAAGCCUACCUUUUGGGCACUGGCUGACUUUUCUAACUGCGACACAGUCCAUUCUGUUUCACAGAUCCACAUUAUUUCUAUCUCUCACGAUGCCAGAGUUUAAAUGAAAUCCCUUUCUGAUUUAUUUAAUUUUCCAAGAUUUUGAGUAGUGAGCUUGUUCUGCUGCCUUGCUACCUGUUGCCAAGUUUGUUCACAGUAUUACAAUACCAGUCCCUCUUGGGUCUGAGAAAAUACUUACGAAUUUAAGAAUUUGAAUUUUUUUGAACCUUCCAGUUUAAAUAAAACUAUUUUUUGAGAACAGUAUAUUAUAGAUGUCAGAUUAAAGCGUUUCUACAUUGUGUAAUAUUUUUGAGUGAACCUGUAUAAGUAAGGAAUUGAUCAUGAAGUUGUAAAUAUUGAGGAAGACAAGCUAGGAAGAUUGUAGAAUUACCAAAUAUUUAAUGAUUAUGUAUAAAUAUAACUACUUGCUUGUGUUUUUAUUUCCUGGCUUAUAACGAUUGAAUUGUUCAAACAUUCUUUGUGGUACUGAGCAGGAAGUGACCAUUCAGCUCCUCACACCUGGAUAAUGACUUGAAUAAUCAUUUAACUGUUUGGAUUCCAUAGCCCACAAUGUCCUUUCCCAAAAAAGAAUAACUGGUGUCAGUAUAGAAUGUUUAAAUUGUCCCUUACCCACAGUAGCAGUCUUGAUGGGGAGAGUUCUAGAUUUCCUGUGAACUCAGUUACCUCAGAUGCGGUCUAAAUAGUGUUUCAUACGACUUCCAUUGCUCAGUGCAAAGAAGAGUUUCCUGACAUCUUUGAUGAACAGGCUGACUCUGUUUUGAGAUUGUUUAGGUAUAUGAGCUCCUGCUUCCAUCCCACCUCUCCAACAAAAAUAGAUUAUUUCUAAUCCUUUUAGUUCCUUUAUUCCUCCUAAAGCUUCUCAAUCAGAUCAUCUCCUAAUCCCCUGAGCCAAAAUGAGUACAAGUCUAGUUUAUGCAGUCUGUUAGCAUAAAUCUUUUGGCCCCAGUGUUGUUCUGGUGAGUUUUCUCCAAUGCCAAUCUCCUUCCAGAGAUCCAAUUACUCCAGAUGGGUUAUUAGAUUAAUUUACAGUCUUCUGUAUUUCAGGCCUGGAGUGAAAGUCUGAUACUUCAUCAGCCCUUUAAUUAUUCAAUUCAUGUCCCCACCCACCCCUGCCUGCUACUGGUACAUGAUGCGCCAUCUGUUGAUUAUCUGGGAUGGAUCAGCCAAAUAGGUUUCAGUCUAGGGAUGUCCUGAACAACUCUCCCCCACUUUCCAUUAAGGACUGAGAAUGUCUUGAGGCAAGUGUAGGCAGUAUGGGAUCUUACUGGACAAAGAGAACCCUAUGUGAACACCAACCAUUGAUCCUUUGCUCUUUCCACUGUUGUCAUCCGCUUACACAUAUGAAAGACGGACAGGGAUGUGUUACUACAUUUUUGUUAUAGGUAUUAAAAUCAGACCAAAUGACUACCUUGAACAGAGUAUGAAUUGAAUGGGAAUUGUUAGCUAAAACUGCACUUUAUUUUUACUGGGGGUUAAUCUAAAUCCCGCCAAUGCCACUCUGUGCUUGAAAGAUACUGUGCUCUCAAGAAACUUGUGUGUGCAAUAAAUCUGGUAAUGUGAUGUCCUUUGAUCAGACCGCUCUCUAUCAGGGAGUAGUUAAUACUAUUGAUUUUGUUGAUAAGGUUUGUACUUGAUUUGUGAUUUUUUUUUGUUGUUUUGAAAUUCAGUAAAUGGUGACUAGAAGUUAAAUGCGA